AUGGAGGGCGCGGAGCUGGAGGGGGACGAGGAGAACCUUCAGGAGGAAGGAGAGGAAGAAGAGGAGAAAGAGGGAGAAGAGGAGGAAGAGGCGGAGGAGAGGAAGGCUGUGGAAGAGCAAGAGGAGGAAGAAGAGGUGCCGGCCCCGUGUCCCCUUACGGAAGAGCUCCUGAAGGAGGGCCUCUCUCUCCUCUGUAAGACCGGCAAUGGCCUGGCCCACGCCUAUGUAAAAUUUGAAGCCACACACAAGGACUUGACAGAUAUCAGCAUCCUCGAAUUCUUCAUUCACCUGCGGUAUGUGGAUUUGUCAGAGAACAAGCUGAAAGAUUUGUCUCCACUGAGCAGUCUAACCCACCUGCUUUGGCUGAAGGUGGAUGGGAAUCUGCUUACCAGUACCUGCAUGCAGGAGCUGCCCUACCUCCAGAUCAUCAGCUUUGCUAACAACUGCAUCAAGAAUACGGAGGGCAUUACUCACCCUCGCUUGGCCAGCCUCAACCUGAAAGAAAAUAAAAUCCAGACAGUGAUGGGCCUGAGUCACGGCCAAUUGUUCAGCCUGCAGAUCCUGGAGCUGCGAGGAAACAGGCUAAAGAGCACAGCAGGGCUCAAUCUUCCCAAGCUCAAGAACCUCUACCUGGCCCAGAAUGCCAUUCGGAGCCUUGAAGACCUGGAGGGGCUAGAGCAGCUGACAACUCUGCACCUGCGUGACAACCAGCUCAAGACCCUGGAUGGAUUCAGUAGCAGCAUGAAGUGCCUGCAGUACCUCAAUCUACGGAACAAUAGGAUCAGCAGCCUUCAGGAGGUGGCAAAACUGCAGGCCCUCCCCAUGCUGCAGGCACUGGUGCUGAUGGACAAUCCAUGCUCUGAAGAAGCCGAUUACCGAAUAGAAGUCCUGAUUCUGCUGCCAUACCUGCAGCGCCUCGAUAAGGAACCAUUUGAGCAAGAUGAACGGGAAGAGGCGGACAACAUCCGUCAGCACAGGCAGGAGGAAGAAGAGGAAGCAGAAGGAUCUCUCCAGGGUGAUGAGAAUGAGUGA